UUUUCAGUUCACAUUUUACAUUGGAUAUGCUCGUUUCAGCAUUCAUCCAGAUCGGUUUAUUUGCAUUUGUGUAAAAGGAUAUGUGAACCGCUCAAGUGGAUUGACUGUUUUAGUUAUCAUAAAAAAAAAACAUAGUUGCUGUUUAUAGUCUACAGCAUCAGCUGGAAAAAUGUCACACAAUGAACGGAAAGCUCGUUUGAGUGCUGUUAAAUUUAUGGAAUUGGGCUUUUCCGCUGCGUGUCUGGCAUUACAUUUCUACAGCUUCGACGACCGAGACAUACUGACCUCGUUUGUGGCGACUGGCACCUUUUCGGGAUACAUAAUUGUAGUGGUGGGUAUUUUUGCAGGUGUCCUAAUGCGCGCGCCUAUACACAGACGCAUCGACAUAUUCUACAGUGUGCUCGGCUGUGGCCUCUUCAUCGCCUCGGGUGUCUUCAUAAUCGAGGCUUGGGAAUUUUCAUUUCGUACACGUACACGCGAUUUGGCGCUCAUUAAGGCCUCGCUAGCCAUUGUCAAUGGGGUAUUGUUUGGUUUCGAUGCCAUUUUUACAUUUCGUGACAAAUGAAGGAGACGAAGGAGAAGCGCACGCAGUCGAAGAGGCGGAAGAGGAGUUUCCGGAAUUACCAGAAUUUUACAGAGUUUUUUAAAGCAUCAAAUUCAUAUGUCAUUUUUAUUUUUAUUUUGAAUUAAUAAUUUAAAUUUACUAUAGAACUAGAUUUCUAUUUUUAUGACAUUAAAUUACUCAAUAAUUUUUUA